GACUGCGGACACAGUACAGGGGAUGACCAGAGACUGUGGACACAGUACAGGAGAUGACCAGAGACUGCGGACAGUACAGGAGAUGACCAGAGACUGCGGACAUAGUACAGGGGAUGACCAGAGACUGCAGAUAGUACAGGAGAUGACCAGAGACUGCGGACAUAGUACAGGAGAUGACCAGAGACUGCAGACAUAGUACAGGAGAUGACCAGAGACUGCAGACAUAGUACAGGAGAUGACCAGAGACUGCAGACAUAGUACAGGAGAUGACCAGAGACUGCAGACAUAGUACAGGAGAUGACCAGAGACUGUGGACAUAGUACAGAUGACCAGAG